CGAGUAGCAGCGCUGGGAGAGCAUCAUUACCUUUACCGCCGUUUUACCACUCACUCAUCUGCUGACAGCUGCCAUCUCCGGUGACUGCACAGUGUUUACCGAAUUGUCUUCCCAGAGGUGCAGAUACAUUUUGUGAAAUUGAUACAGUGGUUGAUGUAUCUACAUUGAAACCAAAAAGCCCCUCGAGGUGCCCUGCGAAGAACUGCUCUCCCCUCCACACACACACACACACACGCUUCCCGUGCAGCACUGCGCAGAAACGGGGCGCAGCGAACCAACAGGAGAGCGACAGUAGCGAAGCCCAACGUAAAAGAGGAGUUUGGACAAACGGCUGGCAGUAGAUGAAUCCCGUUCUUUAGGACUUAGCUCAAUCAAACUACACCCCCCUUUCGGAUUUGAACUUGGCCGUGUGACGGUAAUAGUGUAGGAUGGAUUUCCCCGUGUUUAUGGCUCUGUUGAUUUGCGCACUGACGGUCCCGGGAUUCGGGGAUAUGGGGAGCGGAAAAGCUCAGAGUUGUUCGGAUAUCCGACAGUUCUACAAUGGCAAGGGAUUCAGUCUGAACGGAGUGCCUCAAUCAGAAAUAUCAGGAGAGCACCUGAGGAUCUGUCCCCAGGGCUACACGUGUUGCACCAGUGUCAUGGAGGACAGCCUAUCCAAUCUGAGUCGCACAGAGAUGGAGGGCAUGAUCAGAGAUGCUGGACGGGCCCUGCAAGCCUCCCUCAAUGGACAGUACAAAGUCUUCGAUGGUUACCUCCUGGAGUUGCUGAACCGUUCCGAGGGUGUCCUGCAGCAGUCCUAUCCUCCGGCGCUGGGUUCCCUGUACACCCAGAACACCCGCGUGUUCUCUGACCUGUACACAGAGCUGAGACGGUACUACCGUGGUUCCAACGUUAACAUAGAGGAGGCGCUCAACGAGUUCUGGGCCCGCCUGCUGGAGAGGAUGUUCAAGGGAGCCAAUGGACGGUAUCUCAUAGGCGAUGACUACCUGGAGUGUGUGUCCAAGCAGUCGGAGACGCUGCGACCCUUUGGUGACACCCCCCGAGACCUCAAGUUGAAAGUGACACGUACAUUUGUGGCGGCACGCUCCUUUGUCCAGGGACUGGUGAUCAGCGGGGAGGUGGUUCGCAAGGUGUCACAGGUACCCCUGAGCCCAGAGUGCAUGCGUGCCAUCAUGAAGAUGACCUACUGUCCCCACUGCCGUGGAGUGGCCACUGCCAGGCCCUGUGCCAACUACUGUACCAACGUACUGAAGGGCUGCCUCGCUAACCAGGCCGACCUGGACACAGAGUGGAGGAACUUGGCUGAUGCCAUGCUGCAGGUCUCUAACAGGUUUGAGGGUGUGUCCAGUGUGGAUGUGGUGUUCCUCUCUCUCCCCACACACAUCUCAGAGGCUAUCACCACCAUGAUGGACAACAUAGACACGUUUAACAACAAGGUGUUCCAGGCAUGUGGGAAUCCGAGGGAGGGAGGAACCAGCAGCACCGGGUUGGAGGAGGUGAAGAGGAGUCGGAAGGUUACAGUGGAGGACAGCCCAACCUCUGGGGCUAGGCUGGAGAAACUGGUGUCUGAUGUGUCGAGGAGGCUGAGGGACAUGCAGCCCUACUGGGUCUCAUUACCCAGCACCCUCUGCAGUGACAGGGUGGCCACUAGAUCCCAAGCAGACAAGUGCUGGAAUGGCAUGGCCCGUGCCAGGUACCUUCCAGAGGUGAUGGGUGACGGCCUGGCUAGUCAGAUCAACAACCCUGAGGUAGAGAUCGACAUCACCAAGCCAGACAUGACUAUACGCCAGCAGAUCAUGCAGCUCAAGAUCAUGACCAACCGCCUCAAGAACGCUUUCAAUGGCAACGAUGUGGACUUUCAGGACACCAGUGAUGAUGUCAGUGGUUCAGGAAGCGGGAUAUGCACAGAUGAAAACUGUCCCCGGGGCCCGCGCAUCAUGGCCCCCAGCACAGACAGACCCAAAGUGUACGCCUACCCUCCGGAGAACAAGAAGGUUGUGAAAGCAUCAGCUGACCACAACCUCCCAUCCAUUGCCCUCUACCUGCUCUCAUUGGUUAUGUUGCUGCUCCGGCGAUAAUUGAUAGGGUAUUCCACCAAUCGAGACUGAGUUUGGGACAUGGGGGGCAGGACGAGGGGUGGGAAGAGAAGAGAAGAUGUCGUAGGGUUACUUACUUACUUUGCCAAAACAAAACAAAAUUAACAAGAAAAAAACCUGAAUGGACUUCCUUUUGGUCUCGGAUAAGAACAAAAGUUGUAAUGAGUAUUAUAUUAUUCAGAAAUGUUUUGGUUCUGUUCUUGUCUUUUAUUUUACGGUACACGGCACCACUAGAGCUCGUCUUUUCACAUUUUUAUUUUGUUUUGUUUUCUGGUGUUUGGGUUCUCUGAGAUAUCUGUACCUAAGACAUGUUAAGAGUCAAUCUAUAGACUAUAGAGAUAUACAGGAUGUUAGUGUUGGUUGACGCUGUGCUGUAUAAGGGGGACUCUUCAGUCAUGCUGAGCCUAACGUUUGUAUUCCUAAUCAUGUAAACAGCCUUUAUGUCUGAGGAGCUGAUUUAUUUAUUAAAAACAGAGGAAUAUAAUCCCCACGGAGCGUCUUUGGGCUCCCCAAUAUUUAUAGAAAAACUACUUCUACCCCAAACGAAAUAAACUAUUGAUGAGUUUCAUGAAAGAUAAUCUGGUUUCGGGAAGGCGAUAAAAACCUUAAACCUUUAAACCCACACAUUACAUGGCAACAGUGAGAAAAUUAAAACGCUUUCACAUAAGCCGUUUUUUCCUCUGCUUGAUAAUAUAAGGCAGUAAUAAUAGUCAUGAUCAUAUUCACACAGACAUGAUCCCUCCACCCUUUUACUUCUGUCUUUCCCAGAGCAGAUCUGUUUCUCGAGGCUUUGGUGGCUCUAAAGGACCAGAUGGGGAUUUUUAUUUUAUUUUUGGGGGGAGAAAUUAGUGUUAGUGUGACCACAGUAGUCCUCUGUAUUGACACGAUAUUGGCAGAAUAUGGUAGUAUAUGGGCUGUGUGGGUGUGUACUGCCGUUUGCUCUAUCUCAGUGGAGGCCGGUGGGAGGAGCUUUAGGAGGACAUGCUCAUUGUAAAGGCUGGACUGGAAUCAAUGGAACGGAGUCAAACAAGUGGUUUCCAUAUGUUUGAUGCUGUUCCAAUUAUUCCAUUCCAGCCACUGCAAUGAGCCUGUCCUCCUAUAGCUCCUUCCACCAGCCUAUUCUGCUCUGUCUUCAUAUAAUGGAGCUUGGACAACAUAAUAAUAUGUUACUUGCUUGUUAAUGACGAAUAUUUGAUGGUACCUAUGAUGAAUACUUUUGGACAGAGCCAGCCAGCUACAGUGGAGUGGUUUUUACAUACUGCACUAUAACCACUUGUUGUAAAGCAGACUGUGUACAUGUGUCUGACCGACCGUUUCUCUGUUUGGACGGGUUGACUUAGGGAUUGGAAUUCUGUGAUGAUCACUCAAAUAGCUUUUUCUCUCCCUCCUCUCAUUCUCUUUCUUCUCACCUCCCACCUUCUUUCUCUCCCUUCUCACACAGUGCCUCUCUUCCCACUCCUUCUCUCAGUUCUCUCUGCCUCCCAGGCUAUUUUUCAUGGUAUACUAUUCAUCUGUUAUGAAGACCUGCAAAUUGUUCUCCAAUGCUUUUUUUUGGCAUUAUGGCAAUGACAGAGCUUCAUCAUACUGCAAAAUGAUUGGGAUAUUGUGGGAAUGUUGUGGAAGGCCUUUGCUGAUGAAAAUCUUGCAGCCAGGGAGGAAGGAUGUACUUCAACUUAGUUCAAAUAAUUGUCAAGGCUCUCAGUCUAAGACCACUGUGUGGGUGGGGGUGGGGGGUGGAGGUGUGUGUGUGUGCGUGUGUGUGUGUGUGUGUGUGUGUGUGUGUGUACACGCACGCAUGAUAAAGAAGGUCUUCUUGGGCUUAUUCAACAAGAUGGAAACCGAUAGAAACAUAUUGUAUAGAGCUGAUUCAAUGCUUUACGCCACAUGAUAUUAAAAACAUUGUCUCUUGUACAGCAAUAUAUUUCUAUCUACAGACUGAAUAGGCCCCCUUAGGGACGAGCGGAGAUGUUUUGAUACUGUCUGCGCUCAUCAAUAGCCGACAUCGAAAGUGCAAUCAAUGAGGAGAUUGGAGAGAUUUAUGACUCCAGAGACAAGGUCAUACACUAGAACUGAGGUAUUCAGCCUAUGACUGUGCACUAGAACUGAGGUCUUCAGCCUAUGACUGUACACUAGAACUGAGGUCUUCAGCCUAUGACUGUGCACUAGAACUGAGGUCUUCAGCCUAUGACUGUACACUAGAACUGAGGUCUUCAGCCUAUGACUGUGCACUAGAACUGAGGUCUUCAGCCUAUGACUGUACACUAGAACUGAGGUCUUCAGCCUAUGACUGUGCACUAGAACUGAGGUCUUCAGCCUAUGACUGUGCACUAGAACUGAGGUCUUCAGCCUAUGACUGUGCACUAGAACUGAGGUCUUCAGCCUAUGACUGUGCACUUGAACUGAGGUCUUCAGCCUAUGACUGUGCACUAGAACUGAGGUCUUCAGCCUAUGACUGUGCACUAGAACUGAGGUCUUCAGCCUAUGACUGUGCACUAGAACUGAGGUAGCAAAGCAACACGUCCAUUAGGCAUGACCUUUUUGGUUUCUGAGGGAGGAAAUUCGGAAGGACACACAGGAACUGACAUGAUCCCGUUCAGAACCAUAGAGUUCAGAACACUCAAGUAGGAGGACUGCAGUAGUUAUCAAAGCCGGUCCUGGCGGAUCCCUUUGUAUCCAGGUUUUCCUUCCAACCUUCACACAAUUAUAUUCCAUUGAUCUGAUAUGCACUACAUUAUUCAAUUGAUAGAUGAAAAACCUACAAGAGUCCUCUUGGACUGGUUAUGAACCUGUUAAAUAGGUUACGUGUGAAAAGGCCAAGAACUAUUGUGAUACAUUUUGUGACACAAGGUAGUGCUCUGAUAAAGAGGGGGUAGGGGUCCUUGGUUUUAAACUGCCGUACCUGUCGGUGGGACUGCCCGCAGUAACAUUCCAAUGCAAAGAGACAACUAACCACUUUUUACCCACGACGACUUCACUCACUUUCAAUGGACACGCUUCACAAUGCCACCAGACAAAAUUUGCACAACCCCUCCCAACACCCUUACUCCCCCUCUCUCCUCCCAACACCCUUACUCCCCCUCUCUCUCCUCCCAACACCCUUACUCCCCCUCUCUCUCUUCCCAACACUCUCGCGCGCUAAUCUGAAUAGUUCAAAGUCCACUGCCCCUUAUUAAACGCUGCACUUUUAUGACGUAAGAGGCCUAGGUAUUCGAUAGGAUGGCAAUCUGCACAAAGACAGGGAUCACAAGAUGGUGGGUUGAUAGGCGAGUCGACACUCCAUAUACGUCUACUGAUUAGGAUUAUGCAGAGAGAGAUGGACCACUGAGAUGGCUGCAGUCUGAGAAGGGUAAAAUAGCAAUGUCAGAUUUGGGAUUAAAUAAUAUUGAAAUCUUUCAAACACGAUUGCUCGAGCAUGUCUGGGGUUUUGCAGAUGGCCGUGGUUUGCAGUUAUGGCACUAUUUUGUCCAUUAAGCCAGGCCAGCUCAAUCAAGCACAGAUAAAGUAUUUCAAAUGAUUUCAAAUAUUAUUUGAGCCGAGGUCUGAUAUAACUAGUGGCCCUGGACACUACUCUUUCCCCUUCACUAGUUGAACGUGGCAGGCAUUUCCGAAAGGUGACGAUUUGAAAGAAAACCAUAGCAUUUAAAAAAAAAUGUUUUUUUUCCCAUUUGGAGAUUUAUGUUUAUGGUGAUGGUAGAUGUAAGCAGAAAGAGUUUUGAGUCAAUAUGUGUAAUUUGCUGUUGUUUGUUCCUGGAACCUUGUGCCAAUUAUAUAUGUUGUAAGAUUUUCAA